UCCGAGAGUUGAUUCCAAACUUUUGAGGCGACAAACUUCGGACCUGACGUCCUCCUCGCUCCCGGCAGCCGCUUCUCUGUCGCUUCGGUUGGGAUUAACAACCAGGCUGUUUCCAGAAACCGACGCCUCGUCCCCCCAGAAUGCGCGUCCGGGCCGGUGCUAACUGCGGCUAGGCUCGCCACUUUCGCUCUGGGGAGUUUGGGGAAGCGGGAGAAUGUUACGGGUCCUGCGCUACUGCUCGAGCCACUGUCUCUCCGCGGCCAUGACCCGGCUGGAGGAGGCGAACGGGGAGGUGAGCAAGUGGUCCCCGGUGCGGUGGUUGGGCUACCUGUCCGGCGUCAACCUGCUGGUCGGGCUGUUUCUGGGACUCUUCCCGCGCUGGGACAACAGCCCCGGGCCCGCGCUUCCCGUGGUCCUGGUCCUGACCGUGGUCGUGCUCGUGCUCGCCUGCGUGCUUUACUACUACUUCGAACUGGAGCGGCUCAGCUCGAGCCUGUUGCACGUGUGCAUCGGCUUCCUGUUGGGGGCGCUGUCGCUGCUCCCCGGUCACGGGCGCGUCACCGUGACGCAGCUGGCCGCCAACUACACGCUGCUGACCGGCGUGGCUCUGAGGACGGUGUGGGCUCUGCUGGAGCGGACCCUGGGCAGCACCCGGUACCGACCCGCCUUCCUCACCGCCGCCGAGCGCCUGGAGCUGGCGGGCUUCGCGGCGGCCGCCACCGUGGUGCACCAACAGUACCUGAGCGUGAUGGCUCUGCUGCUGUCGCUGGGCACCGUCAUGGUGGCCCUGCGGAUGAAGGUGCUCCUGGCGCUUCCCAGCCUGCUGCUCUUCAUGGUCCUGAGCGUCCAGUUCUUCCUCUGGUAUCAGGAGCUGAUGGACCCCUUCGCCCUGGGCUGCUUCUUCGGCCUGCUCAUCUGCGACCCGCUGCUGGACGUCUACUUCAGCGGGCUGUCGGUGAGCGAGCGCUGGCAGCCCUUCCUGCGCCAGCGAGGCCUGUGGCGCCGGCUCUCCCUGCUGCCGCUGCUGCUCCCGGAACUGGUCUUCGUGCUCCUGGCGGCGGACGCUGUCUCCCGCUUCAGGGAGCACUGGCUGUCCGUCCUGUGGGCCGUCUGCGUGACCUUCUGGACCAUCAGCCACGUGGUGUUCAUCAUCACCGUCUGGGGUUUCCACACCAAGCUGAGCCACUGCCAGCGGCUGUGCUGGUCCCAGGGGCCAGGGGUCAUCGGGCUGGACCGGGUGAUGGCGUCCAAGGGGAUGAGGCUCUUCUGCCUGAUCUCAGAGCGUCUGCUGGUCUUCACGCUGGUGUCCACGGUGACGGUGGCGGCUGUGUCGUGGCAGCACGUUGGGAGCAGCAGCUUCGUCAGCACGUUCCUGCUGGUGCUCCCCAUGGAGUCUUUGUUCCACGGUCUCUUCCGUGAGCUGGGCGCCAGUCUGGGAGGCACCUGUGUGGGCUACGCCGUGGUCAUCCCCACCAACUACUGCAGCGCCGACGGUCAGCCGGUGCUGCUGCCCCCAGACCAGGUCCAGGAGCUGAACCGACGCUCCACGUCCAUGCUGAGCCACAUCCAGCGCUUCUUCGCUCACCACCUGAUCGAGAACUUCGGCUGCGACUACUCCACGAGCGGCGUGACGCUGGCCGCCCUGCAGGCCAAGGUCAAGUCCUUCCUGGCGCUGCGGACGGCCGACGGCCCCCGACACGACACCUACGUCAUCUUCUACAGCGGACACACUCACCAGUCCGGAGAGUGGGCGCUGGCAGGGGGCGACACCCUGCAUCUGGAGCAGCUGGUGGACUGGUGGCGGGAGAAGAACGGCGGCUUCUCCUCGCGCCUCAUCCUGGUGCUGGACUGCGAGCACGCUCUUCCGUGGGUGAAGCAGGUGAGGAGCGUGGAGGACGUGUUUGUGGCCGUGCAGGGCGCCGAGCUGGCCGUGCCGCGAGACGCCGAGCUCUCAGAGCGGCCGCAGCUGGGAGACUUCGUGGCUCAGUGGGUGGACUACAACUGCGACCCCAACAGCGCCGUCCAGUGGUCGAGGAUGGGCCGCGCCAUCUCCGCCGCCUACGGCGUCUCGGCCAACUGGGGCGACUACACGCUCCGCCUGCCCACAGGAAGUGAUGUCACGAACCACUGGAGCACCUAUUUCCCCCGGGCCACCUACCCGGUGGUGUGGAUGGCGCAGUGGUGCGGCGGCCUCAACCUGCUGUGGCUCUGCAGCGCCUGCCUGCGCUGCCUGCGCAGACUCAAGCUCCGCCUGUUUCCUCCCGCUGUUCUGGACAUGGGUCAGGGCUUCAAGCUGGUCCGAUCCUAGUGAGGACCGGCCCGGAGUCUCACUCCAGGGUGGUGGCGAUUCUGCUGCCGUCAAACUGGCAUUUUUAAUUCACAUCCAGCUUCCAAAAAACUAGAGGAAUCUCUUCUAAAUGAUACGUAAUUUUUCAGCAAAGACGUUCGAAAGACUGCAGGAUUUCAAUUGACAAUUUCAUAAAUAAGAAACAAACACAGCAGAAUUAAACCAAGUCAAAAAGGGUUUAUGAUAUUUUCAUCGUCUAAAAUGAUGUUUUUAAUCGGUUCAAAUUGGACGAGUUCAAAACUUUCUUAGAUUUCAAGUUUAAUGAUGGAGGUAUUGUUGCGUCUAGAUUCUCAUGGUUCAGGAUGAAGCACUUGUUCUGCAGCUCAACGUUGUGGGUUCAAUUCCAGCUCUUCUGCGUCGGCAGCUCCUGAGAACCUCGAGUCCAUCAGGUUGAUGAUGAUUUUUUUUUACGCUUCUGUGUUUUAUAUAAUGAUUUUCAGCAGGUUUUGGGGUGGGAUGUGUGUGAACUAUGCAACUCCGGGUCGCUGCUGAUUUUAAGAGAAUCGACGCAGUGAGAGAGUAGAUUCAACUCAGGACCGAGCAGCAGGAGGGAACCAAAAACACCAGGUGUCAGAAUCACCUUCUUCAGGACGGGGCCAAUCUCUUGCUGUGGCGCCCUCAAGUGGCCAUCAUCAGUCACUGCACUAGCUCAAAAGGAUUUCUCUCUGAUGAGAGGAAAUGUUUUAAUCCGAAUCCCCUAAAAUAAUCUUAAAUAAAAAACUUUAAAUAAAGCUUCAUACCAGAAUUUAUAUUGUAAAAAACAGUGCGUUCCACUUGUGGCCAGAAGUCGGCUGAGUCCAAAAAUGUUUCAUGACAGCGCCAGAACACAAGUGGAACUAAAGUUUACAAAGUUUGACAAACGCACGUCAAAACACCUGAAUGUGUGUAAACUUCUUUUAUCAAAUCGUAUUUCUUGACUUUGAAAUUUAAUAAUAAUCAUCACUUCUUUCAAAACAAAUUAUUUUAAUAUUUUUAUUAACUUAAAACUAGAGGGUUUUUGGGGUGUGUUUUUUGUUUUUUCACUCAUGAAUGAAACAGAGGCUCCGUGUGCCGGAUCAGAGCCUUUUUUUCUAGCUCGAUAUCCAGAGCGACUCCAGUCCAGAUGAAGUCUCUCACUGCCUCCUCCGGAGCUGUGUCACUUUAAUGCCGUGGAGAACCUGGAGCUGCUCUCCAGUCGCGCAGAGACUCGCUGACUUGCACUUUUCUUGUUGGAUUCAGGACGGUUUCUUUCACGUGCCUUUUUUUUGUUUACUGUCAAUGUUCCAAAGUGUCUCAAACCAAAGUGUGGCCAGAGCUCAGGCGUGUGUGGGCCACAGGUGGAGCCAGAUAUUCUCCUGGUGUUGUAUUCUGAAUGGUUUUUGUACCUUUUCUAGAGUUUUAACAAGCAGAUGCGUUGGUCUCCAGUGCUGAAGGAAGUAAAGAC